AUGGCUGGUUCAAUCGCUGACAACGCUACCUUAUACAAUGAGAAGAAGAAGGCUUUCACUUAUGUACCACCAACACCUCCGGCUGAACUCAUCGAGUCUACAUCUUACACGUUAGACUUUACAGCUAGAAAAUGUAUAAUUGUCGGUAUCGAUCCAACAGAACAACUUCAAACAGUUGUUCUUUUAUUAACAUCGUCACGUUAUGUGAAAAUUAGUACAGAUUUUAUAAGACGGAUAUUCUCGCUUAUGGGUAACGUACUAUCUUUUAUAUUAGACACGCCACAAAAUUAUAAGCGAACCAUAUUUCUCGAAACCGAUUCUUAUAAAAUAUCGAGUAUGGUGUAUAGCGAUUCAAACGUUCUAGUAAUUGAAUCUAAGACUGAAGACGGAUGUAGAGUUUUCAUUUUAUUAAAGCGUAUAGAUUUAAUAAAACUCCAAGAAUUAGAAUGGUGUAUUACUGUUAGUAUUAAAGAAAAAGAAGCGAACAUAAAACCUAAAAUUAUUAAACAAAUUAAUAAUUAUUGCGAGUAUUUGAGGGAAAAAUGCUUGCAAUCGGAUUCACCACCCAACAAUUUGAGGGAAAUGGAAAUUUUCAUUAGGAACGUUGAAGUCAGGCAGAGUAUGGACACACCUAACCUCAGUCAAAUUAAAAUGUUUGCGACUAAACAAUUGGCGGAACUUUGUAUAGCUCGUCGGAACGCACGAAACUCAGAAGUGCCAUAUGACAAGAAUUUCAAAAGGUUGUCAUCUUUGUCACCUAACUUUUCAACAAUAAUGGAUGAAACGGCUAAAUUGUAUAAAGACAUUGAUGCAUGUGAUGAAAUCAAUCCGUUGGAGGAUGAUAAUUUAGUUAAGUAUGAGUAUUCACCGAUAUCACCAAACUAUUCUCCAGACAACAAUAUAUCAAUUAAACAGGAAGUUGCCACUACAUCUAUUCUAGCUAAGCCUAUCGUAGAGAACAAUGGAUUUAGUAACAGUUUACUACCAACAUCCGAUGGGUACGAUUCGGAUAACUGUACACAGUACCCUCCGUGGUUUAUUACACCUAGAUAUAUACAACCUUUGUCAACGAGUGUUGCAGUUGAUGAGAAUGAUGGUCCAACGUCGUUCUCGAUUCAAUCACCACCACCAUCGCCAUCUUUUUUUGACAAGCCCUCAGAUAUAUCAAGUAAACGAAAAGCUCAACACCUCAAACCAAUACACGGAAUAAAACGUAAGGUCUCUAAAUAUUUAUAA